CCUAUCCAUCAGGAGAACAGAGGUGUCUCCUCUCCUGCGCAUGCUCCUGUUGCUGUGACUCUCUAACUAAAGACACAUCUGACAGGUGGCCAGGGUUUGUUUAACUUGGGAGAUCUUCUGAAGAUGUUGCCUCAACACCUGAAGCAGAUUCGAGUCCUAAUGUUCAACGAAAAGGAGAAUUUAGAGAGGACCCUGUUCAGACUGGAACAAGGGUUCGAGCUCCAGUUCCGCUUGGGUCCCAGCCUUCAGGGGAAGAGGGUGAUGGUGCACACCAACUAUCCUCUUGAAGGACAGCAGUUUAAACGAAACCUCUUCCGUGUUUUGGCGUGGAGCUACCCAACAGGGAGGGAGGAUGACUCUGAUAAGUUCUGCUCUCUGGACCUCAAGAUUGCUGGGUCCUAUCAGUACUACUUUGGAUAUGGAGCCACAGAGCGGUCUGGAGGAGGAUACAUCGUGGUGGACCCGGUCCUUCAUGUUGGAGCAGACGAUCACGUCCUCCCUUUGGACUGCAUCACCAUCCAGACCUACCUGUCCAAAUGUCUGGGACAUUUAGACGACUGGGCGGACAGACUGAGAGUAGCCAAGGAGUCCGGGUACAACAUGAUCCACUUCACUCCUCUGCAGACUCUGGGAGAGUCCCGGUCCUGUUACUCCCUGGCAGACCAGCUGAGUCUGAACCCAGAGUUCAGCCCCGCUGGGCAGGGCUACAGCUGGGAGGAUGUGGGGGCGCUGCUGGAGAAGCUGAAGAAUGAAUGGAACAUGCUGUGUAUUACAGAUGUGGUCUAUAACCAUACUGCUUCUAACAGUGUGUGGAUCAAAGAACACCCAGAAUGUGGGUACAACCUGGUGAACUCUCCCCACCUGCGCCCAGCCUGGGUCUUAGACAGAGCCAUCUGGCAUCUGACCACCAGGAUAGCAGAGGGACGCUACGCCGCUAAAGGACUUCCUGCUGACAUCACCAAGGAGAGCCAUCUGACUGCCAUCCGCAGUGUGUUGUGGGAGGACUUGUUUCCUGAGAUCAAACUGUGGGAGUUCUUCCAGAUCAAAGUGGACCUGGCUGUGGAGCAGUUCAGAACCCUGCUGCUCAACGGCACCAAGCCAGACCAGAGCAAGACUGGGGGAAAGAAGGGCCUGAAGAUCAUUCAGGACCUGAGUUACCAUCGUUAUGGCAACACACUGGACAUGGACUCUGCUCUGGAGACCUUUGUGCCUCACAGCUCCACCCCUCAGCACAUCGAGGAGUGCUGUGGUUGGCUGAAACAGAAACUGGACGCUCUGAAUGAAGAGCAGCACCAGAUCAUGCACCAGCAUCAUGAACAGGCUGCCAACUGCAUUGUGGGAAACGUAGUGUAUGAGCAUAUGGCAGACCACGGACCCAAACUCGGUCCUGUUAACAAGAAAAACCCUCUGGUUACCAGGUAUUUCACCUUCCCGUAUGAGGACAUGACUCUGGAGCAGGAGCUGCAGCUGCUGGAUCAGCCAGACAAGACGUGUCACUUCCUGGCCCACAAUGGUUGGGUGAUGGGCGACGAUCCACUGCGGAACUUUGCUGAGCCAGGCUCCAACGUGUACCUGCGCCGGGAGCUGGUGUGCUGGGGGGACAGUGUCAAACUGCGCUAUGGCAACGGGCCCGAGGACUGCCCCUACCUGUGGGCCCACAUGAAGAAAUACACUGAGAUCACAGCCAAGUACUUUAAUGGAGUCAGACUGGACAACUGCCACUCGACACCUUUACAUGUAGCCGAGGCCAUGUUAGACGCAGCUCGAUCUGUCAGACCCGACCUGUAUGUGAUAGCUGAGCUGUUCACAGGCAGCGAGCUCAUUGACAAUGUGUUUGUGAACCGGCUGGGAAUUAGCAGCCUUGUACGAGAGGCCAUGUCAGCCGGGGACAGCCAUGAGCAGGGCCGGCUGGUCCACCGCUACGGGGGGGAGCCGGUCGGGGCCUUUGUUCAGCCCAGCCUCCGCCCACUCAUGCCCUCCAUCGCACACGCCAUGUUCCUUGAUGUUACCCAUGACAACGAGUGUCCCAUACAGCUGCGCUCAGCACUGGACUCCCUCCCCAGCUCAGCGAUGGUGUCCAUGGCCUGCUGUGCUACCGGCUCCACCAGAGGAUAUGAUGAGUUAAUGCCACAUCAGAUCUCUGUUGUGAAGGAGGAGCGGUUUUACCCCAAGUGGAACCCUUCAGCAGCCCCCUCCUCUGGCGGUGAGGUUGGACCUCAGACAGGCAUCAUAGCUGGGAAACUGGCCCUGAACAAGCUGCACCAGGAGCUGGCCUCACAGGGCUUCAUCCAGGUGUUUGUGGACCAGGUGGAUGCAGAUGUUGUUGCAGUGACUCGCCACUGUCCCAGCACACACCAGUCUGUGGUGGCCGUGUGCAGGACGGCUUUCUGGAACCCCCAAACACACAAAUACAACACCAACAUCCCACCCAUGUUCAUACCUGGAAAGAUAGAGGAAGUGGUGCUGGAGGCCAGGACAGUGGAAAGACGUGCUGGGAGUUAUAAGAAGGAUGACAAAUACAUCAACGGCAUGCCAGAGUACACUGUGGAAAUAAAGGAGCAUAUAUCGGUACAGGAGAGUACAGUGGUGAAGCAAGCUGGAGUGUCUUCUAAAGGUAUAUCAGAGUUUAUGGAGGAAAUCACCUUUCAGAAUUUGACACCUGGCAGCGUCAUCGCCUUCAGGGUUAGUUUGGACCCCAAGGCCCAGAAGCUGGUGGGGGUGCUGAGAUUUUAUCUGACUCAGUUCAGCCCAAAAUACCAGAGAGGCAGUGUAGCAGAUGAACACCUGCCAGAGAUUCUGACCAAACCCCUGGCACAACUGAUGUCCAGGCUGACGUUAGCCGACCUGAACAUCCUGCUCUUCCGCUGUGACGCUGAGGAACAGGAAGAUGGUGGAGGCUGCUACGGGAUCCCAGGAUGGGAGAGCCUCAAAUAUGCUGGACUACAAGGUCUGAUAUCAGUGCUGGCUGACAUCCGUGCUAACAAUGACCUGGGCCAUCCUGUGUGUGGCAACCUCAGACAAGGGGACUGGCUCAUAGACUUUGUCGCCAACAGACUGACACGCAGAGAGGGACCACUGCAACAGAUUGGUCAAUGGUUGGCAGCCAUGUUUAACUACCUGAAACACAUCCCACGCUACCUCAUCCCCUGUUACUUUGAUGCCAUACUGGUGUCCACCUACACUACCGCUCUGGACGCAUCUCAGAAACUCAUGUCCAGUUUCGUCCAGAAUGGCUCCAGCUUCGUGCGUUACCUGGCACUGGGGUCCGUUCAGAUGUGUGGCGUUGGAGGCCUGCCUGCCCUCCCUCCCCUUUCUACGAAACUUGACAACGUUCCCUACCGCGUCAGUCCAGUCACAGGCCAGAAGGAGCAGUGCUGCGUCUCAUUGGCUGCAGGUCUGCCUCAUUUCUCCUCUGGGAUUUUCCGGUGCUGGGGCCGAGACACUUUCAUCGCCCUCAGAGGACUGAUGCUGCUCACUGGGAGACACAUCGAGGCUCGCAACAUCAUCCUGGCAUUUGCGGGCACGUUGCGUCACGGUUUGAUCCCCAACCUGCUGGGUGAGGGUCGCUGUGCUCGCUUCAACUGCCGUGAUGCUGUGUGGUGGUGGCUGCAGUGCAUUCAGGACUACACUUCCCACGUUCCUCAGGGGCAUGAAAUCCUUCAGUGCCCUGUAACACGCAUGUACCCUACUGAUGACUGUGAACCUCUGACCCCUGGAGAAGUGGAGCAGCCUCUGUAUGAUGUGAUCCAGGAGGCUCUGCAGCGCCACCUACAGGGAAUUUCCUUCAGAGAGAGAGACGCUGGACCCAAGAUAGACAUGCACAUGAAAGAUGAAGCGUUCAACGUGGAGGCGAAGGUGGAUCCAGAUACCGGAUUUGUGAGCGGAGGAAACCGCUUCAACUGCGGCACAUGGAUGGAUAAGAUGGGAGAAAGUGAGAAGGCAAAGAACAAAGGCAUGCCCGCUACCCCAAGGGACGGAGCAGCAGUAGAGAUUGUUGGUCUCAGUAAGUCAGCUGUCCGCUGGGUGGUGGAGCUCCAUGUCAAAGGACUGUUCCCUUAUGACGGAGCCAAAGUACACAGAGAUGGUAAGGAGGAGUUCCUCUCGUACUCCCAGUGGAACCAGCAGCUGCAGCAGACCUUCGAGGCAGGGUUCUGGGUGUCCGGGGACCCAGGUGACCCCAAUGAGAAGCAUGCUGACCUUGUGCACAAGAAAGGCAUCUAUAAGGACAGCUACGGGGCCUCCAACGCCUGGUGUGACUACCAGCUGAGACCCAACUUCACUAUAGCCAUGGUGGUGGCCCCCGAGCUGUUCACAGUGGAGAAGGCUUGCUUGGCUCUUGAGAUGGCUGAGAAGAAACUGCUGGGCCCGCUGGGAAUGAAGACGCUGGACCCCGAUGACAUGGUGUACUGCGGUGUCUAUGACAACUCUCUGGACAAUGACAACUACAACCUGGCUAAAGGCUUCAACUACCACCAAGGCCCAGAGUGGCUGUGGCCUGUAGGCUACUUCCUGCGUGCUAAACUCUACUUUGCCAAGAAGCAGGGAGAAGAAAGCUACGCUAAAACAGUCACCAUGGUGAAGAAUGUUCUGUCACGGCAUUACACCCACCUGGAGAGGUCUCCAUGGAAGGGUCUGCCUGAGCUGACCAAUGAGAACGGUCAGUUCUGUCCCUUCAGCUGUGAGAGCCAGGCCUGGUCUCUGUCUACCGUGCUGGAGGUCCUCUUCGACCUCUGAAGCCCCCCCAACGUCACACAGCAGUCCCACUUCCUGCAGCAGAAUAGUUGUGCUGAAGAUUGACUGAAGAAGAGAUUCCCCUAACCCAGAGCUUGCCUUGAGUAGAAACACAGAUGUAGCAACACUCUGUCUUCAGUGUCAGUCCACUGUUGUUAGGGUUACCAGUGAGACAGAUCAUCUGGGAGCUCCAUCCUGUUUCAGCUACCCUGCACUGAAAGGGAGAGUGUGUAUUCGAGCCUGAGUCCACAUAGCAUCUUCUUCUGGGCGCUGUGCAGAGCCUCCUCCCCGCUUUUAAUCAAGAAAAAAACUGUCCCGGCACUGAUGUUUCUAUGACAACAAUAUCUUGAUAGUGUACCAGCGAAGUUGUUUGGCAAACUCGCUUUGCCUCCAUGUUCUCAAUUAACUAUUGAAGCUACUAUAUAUGUGUUUCACCAUUACAGGCAGCCAGAAGAUGCUUACUCUCACACUUUGUAUUAUUGAGCCUUGUUAAUCAGUCUGACAGCCGUAGAGUGUGUAGGACGAUCCAAGUACGGAGAGAACCCUCACCGACAGCAACAGUCUGAGUCCACCUGUCCAAUCAAAUCAGCUCUUUAGUCUUCAUUAUGAUAGUUUCCAUCUUAUAAACAUGGCCAAAAUCAAGAAUUUACUCUAAACAUAGAAAUAUUAUCAUCUCAAGUGGCCUCAUGCGACGGCAGUUACCCUCAUUGUUAAAAAUUAAAAUAAGAAGCUGGCGCUCAGAAUAGGGCGCCAUGUGGACACAGACCCUUAGUGUGUAAUGGACCUCUGACAUCAUUUCCUGUGAUCAGAUUUGGUCAGUGGCUGCAGCUCUUCUUUGAGAAAGACUGUGGGGAGGAUUUUACUUUGCACCAUGUUUACACGAUUACCAUAUUUCAUUUCACUUGGCUGCUUCUAACUCCCUUGACUGAAUACAGUUUAGUUCAGGAUCAUGUUUACCAUCUCUCCCUGAUCACAUACAAGCAGCAAGAGCAUCAUUUCAAACAAUAUUUAAUAUUCUCUAAUGUUUUGAAUAAAAUAAGUAGCCCAGCACUUUAGUGUUGAUAUGUACUUAAUAUCAUAUCACAUUAUACUCUGACGCACCUUGACCAACAGAAAUAAUUCAACACAGAGCAGAACUUGCAUAAUAAGUCCCUCGUAGUCAGCUCCACGUGUGAGAAGAUGCUACAGCUUUAUCACAGCAGCAGUUCCUUCAAUAAAAACCCUUCAGUUCGGUGUCCGACUGGUGCAAAUGCACUUUAACGUCCCAAGACAUUUCCAUAAGGAGAAAUGCGCUGCAGCCUCAAAAACAAUGCAAAUAAAAAAACACAAAUGUGCCAAAACAAAUGCAGAUGAAGAAAAGACGUCACCAACUUGCGCAGCGUUUAAUAAAAGCGCUGCAUAAACAAAACACUGCAAAUACAAAACACAGCAAGAAGCUCGAUACACAACAGAAACCAGGGGACACUAAAAAGGGACGCACACAGCUGGGAUCGGAGCGCUUGGUGACGUUGUGUUGUUAUAUUCGCAUCGUUCAAGUAUUUUGGUAUUCAGUUUUUGAAGCUGCAGCUCGUUUCUCCUAAUGAAAAUGUUUUGGGCCGUUGUAAAGUGUUUGCACCCGUCAGCCUGCGUACUUUAGAGCAUAAAACAAUGAAUAUUUUGCAUAUGAUCGUCAAGCUUUUCCCCAUUUUGCCACAUUUUUCCUACAAGCUUUAAUAUGUUAGAUAUUAUCUGUCACUGUGUAGAGAUAUUCAAACAGCAGUUCUGUGCGUGAACAGUGGUCCGUGUUUCCCCUGUGUGACACGCUGCAGCGCUCUGCUGGGGGCUUCCACUGUCUGUACAUGACCCAACACUCAAAAGAGCAGAAACACGUGAGGAGACAUGGAAUAUGAGCUAAGUCUUUCUGAAUAUCACUUGGAUAUCAUUGUCAAUGUUUCUGUGUAAAAGUAAAGCAUAUGUAGUCUCUAGCCUAAACAUGCUUCUAACAUGAAGGACACGACAUCACCCAGUGUUACAGUAUGUAAGAUGUACCGUUUCUUUGUUAAAGCGUCUAACCCAAGGGAUUAUAUCCUCUAAAAAAUAUUCACAUUAAAGAGUUGUUAGCUUUUAUUUAGAGUUGUACUUGUGUUCAUCUUAACAAAGCCAUUUACAGUGCCAUUUAGAACCAAGGUUAGCCUGUGCCAUGGCUGGUUUAAUACAGAGGAAUGAAAUCUAUCCGACAAACAGACAUCACAAUCAUGAACAUAUGUACUGUACUGAUACUACGUUACUGCAUUAAAGGAUUUACUGGAUCAUUGGGUUUACUGGAUCCCUGUUCCCCCCCCCUCCCACCGUGUGUACCUGCUCCAUUAUCAGUGUGGGUUUUCUGUGUCAUGUUGUGUCAUGUUGUAAUGCCUGUUUGCAUAGUGUUACAGGAGCAAUGCUGAAUAAACUGUUACAGGGCA